ACAGCAGUACGAAUUAUUCAAUCUAUUCGUCAAUUAUUGUUGAGGGAUACUGUUAAGUCACCCCCACCACCCGGCCUGUUAAUUGUUCUGAUUUGCACCAGCGAUUUGUCUGGAUUUUUAUCAACUAAUUUAGUCUCUAAAACACGCUGCAAAGACCAUUAUUACAGUGGAUAGUGCUGGGACAUGUUAAGAAAAGACGCACGUUUUGAUGUCGUAAUCAGCAGGCAUUUUUGAACUCGCCGGCCAGUGGAGCACAUGGCCAACCUCCAGAGGCGCCGCUAAAUCACUACGGGCGCAUUCUUUCACAUCCAUACGGCGUACGGUCCGGUUUGUUGGUUUUGCUACCACUGGAAUACACGAAACAAUCGCGCGAACGAUCACGAGCAAUCACAGUCGCAUCGUAUAGCGAAGCCAUAGCCGAGAGCCGACAAUCUAAUCUCAGAGCCGUCUCAUUCAACCAUCGUCCCGCGGCCCAAACAGAACGGCGAGAUCAUCAGUCCUGCACCCACCAGGAUCCCGAGAGCAUAUACACGCUGCCGUAUCAACAAGCAGACGCGAUAAGAGAACACCAUUCGCUACACUGCCCGCGCCCUUCUCCCCCAUCAGUAUGUUGGCCUCGUUGUCUAAAGUCUGCUCCCGUUUGGCAAAACAGCAACAGCAGCAGCGAUCGGGUCUAUCCAUUCCUAAGCGGUAUCUGAAUUUACUGGAAUAUCAAAGUAAAAAGCUGCUGGAAGAGAGUGGCGUAGCGAUACAGAACUUUCGCAUUCUCGAGGGAAAACAGGAUGCGGAUGUGCUGAAGGAUUUCAAUGUAAACGAGUACGUCAUCAAGGCACAGAUUCUGGCCGGAGGACGGGGAAAGGGACACUUCGAUAAUGGGUUCAAGGGUGGAGUGCACAUUACCAAAGACCGCUCGCAAGUCAUCCCGCUGGUGGAGAAGAUGGUGGGUCACCGGUUAAUCACGAAGCAAACGCCCAAGGAUGGGAUCCUGGUGAAGAAGGUCAUGGUAGCGGACAGCAUUAAUAUCGUGCGCGAAACAUACCUCUCGAUCGUGAUGGACCGACAGCACAACGGGCCGGUACUGAUCGCUUCCCCAGCCGGUGGCAUGGACAUUGAGGCCGUUGCGGAGGAAACACCGGACAAAAUCAAAACCCUGCCGAUCGAUAUCACUGCCGGAAUCACGCGCGAGCAAUCGCUCGAAGUGGCCCGCUUCCUCGAAUUCCAUGGACCGCUGCUAGAGCGGGCGGCCGAUCAAAUCGUCAAACUGUACCACCUGUUCACCAAGGUGGACGCGGUACAGAUCGAGAUCAAUCCGUUGGCCGAAACGGAUGACGGGCGCGUCAUUUCUGUCGACGCAAAGCUGAACUUCGACGAUAAUGCCCAGUUCCGGCAGAAGGACAUCUUCGCGAUGGAGGUGCACGAGGACACGGACCCUAAGGAGAUCGAAGCGUCGAAGUACAACCUGAACUACAUCGCCAUGGAGGGCAACAUCGGUUGCCUGGUGAAUGGGGCUGGUCUUGCCAUGGCCACGAUGGACAUUAUCAAGCUGAACGGUGGCAGCCCGGCCAACUUUCUCGACGUGGGCGGUAACGUGAAGGAGGAACAGGUGCUGAAAGCCUUCCAAAUUCUUACCUCGGACGAAAACGUCAAAGCAAUCCUGGUGAACGUGUUCGGUGGCAUUGUGAACUGUGCCACGAUCGCUAACGGGAUCGUGAGUGCAACAAAAACGAUGAACCUCAAGGUACCGCUGAUUGUGCGCCUCGAGGGUACGAACGUGACGGCGGCCAAGAAAAUCCUCGAACAAUCCGGUCUGAAGAUUCAAUCCGCCGUAGAUCUAGAUGAGGCGGCAAAGAAGGCGGUAGCUUCCAUAUAGAGGGCAGGGGAGCGCAGCAUUUCGACACACAUUUAGUCUUCCGGGAUCGGUGUAGGCCUUCGGAAUAAAGUGCGUAUGAGCGUUGUUUAAGAAGCUCGAUUAGUUUUAAAGAAACCUUACUGGCAUGGCGGACAUUAAUAAACCAGGAGCGCAAACCAAUCACAA